UGCUGGCCCUACACCCCGCUCGGUUCUCAGGCCAUACCUGUGCCCGCCGCCUCCUCUCCACCGUCCGCCGCGGAGCCUCUCCACCAGCUGACCUGCUACUGGUGUCAGGACCUGCCCAAGGUGGACUGGGUGCCUGCUGACCUCGGACCCACUGACUCCUGGUGCCUGGUCACGCUCCCCUCCACAAGCGCUGUCUCAGGAACAGCUCACGAAAUCACAGCGUUCACCUGAUACAGACGUCCACCCAUCUCCCUCACGGCGGUCAGUUAGUCCAGCGAAUUUUGCAAAGGCACAUGCAGCACUGUCGAGACAAAAAAGGCGCAGGCUCAAUCGAAAAUGAUUCCGAUUCCGAUAUGGCCGGAUUUGAGGGGUUCCGACAGGAAGAUGUUGAUGGACACGAUUGUAAUUCUGAUGCUUCCUCGUCAAAGGCCGUCAUUUCUACCUAUAGCAAAGAAAAUGGAGACGUGCGGAAACAGCCAAGCGGCAAAAGACGGAGAAGACGGAAAAAGAACCGAUGGACGUUGUUUAAAAAGAGAUGUCACCAAACACGACAUCAGCUAACCAGGAAAAGCGGCGCAGACUUACCUGCCUGGUGCCAAAAUGCGGGACCGGAAAUAUAUGCCAUACCCCUGCAGUACCGUUUGGUAGACCAGGCGGAGGCCCUGAAACUGGUUCGCGGCCCAAACGCAGCCCCGGAAAUAUCCAGUCACACGCUGGAGACGAUCAACUUGGACGAAGCUACGCUGGCCGUGCACUCAGAGGAACGGCUCCUGUACCACAUGGAAGAGGACGCUGUGGCCACUGGUCCGCUGGCUCCCCCCGUGCUGGAUCGUCUGUGGGAGGUGGUGGAAUCCGAACUGGACGCGCUGGGGUACCCGCCGCGGCAUCCGUGCCGGCCUCGGACCACAGAGGGGCGCGCUCCUCGGCCGGCAGCCGGAAGGCGGACGAUCGCGCAGCACAAGAGGAUGCCGCACGACAUGACGGAGGUCGAAUGGCUCGGGUGGAGACGCCUGAUGCCGCGCAGGCGUGGGCGGCCGAGGAAGUACCCCAGGACCGACGACCUGCUGUGGAUCCAGCACAGGAAGGAGAUGGGUGUUACGCUGCACGACUGUUUCUUGCCGGACAGAGCUUUAGAAACAUCUGCACCCGUAGAGAUGUCACAACCAGAGCUGAUGCGCCACCUUAUGAAGGCCCGGCGCGUGGCAAAACGACCGACCCACCGAGCAGCCUCUGUCUCGACUGGACCAAUCUCCCUGACGAUGGCAUUCUGGCGCUCGACCCUGCCGGGCGCGGGCCAGCCGCCGCCGUCGCGCCCGCCGCGUUCGCCCGCCGGCCCUGUCAGCCCCGGCUGCGGGCUGACAGGUCCUCCGGGCACCAACGGUCCUCGCUGA